AUGGGCUGUCGAGCGCCCCGCGUGGAGAGCCUCCUGCGUGGGAGGCUCUUCCCAGGCAGUGACUGCGGUCAGAUCUCCGUCCUUUCCUGGAACGUCCUUGCGCCAGGGCAUGAGGAUGGAAUGAAGGUGGACUGGGACUCGAGGCUCCCGUGUCUGCUGCAGCACCUAGGCCUCUAUGCCGCAUGCGACAUCAUGUGCCUGCAAGAGCUCGAGAAAGGGAGAUCUCUUGAGCCGGUGCAGGAGUACCUGGCAGAGCAGGGUUUUGAGUGCGUGGCGCAGAAGCGCGAAGGGAAGAACUGCUACCACGUGAUUAAUGCGACGUUCUUCCGAGCUGCUCGCUUUCGGCUGAACUGGACUGAGUCUCGCUCACGCGUGCUGCUGACAGGCCUUCUGCUGCCCAAUGGCCGAGAGGUUUGUGUGGUGAACGUUCACCUUGCUGCUGUUCGUGGCGAGGAGAGCGUGGCGGCCCAGCUGGGGCAGAUGGACAAUGCCCUGCAGAAGAUGCAGAGGGUCGUUUCCUCAUACAAGAUCAUCUGCGGCGACUUCAACAACACGCUUGGUGGGGACAGCCCUCUCGUCCCGAUGCUCUCUGCACUCGGGGUGUCGCGGAGCGCGCCGUGUGGGCCCACACACCACGGCGGCCUUGCUCUCGACCACAUCUGCGUGGGCUCGGGCCUUGUUCAGGAGCUUGUGCUGACCAGCUCGCAGAAGGAGCUUGCAGGACUCAGGCGGAGCCUCCCAGACAAGGAGCACCCCUCGGACCACCUUCCCGUGGCCGGGCUCUUCCGCAUCAGGGCCUCUGACUGGGAGAUCCCGAGCCUGCCCGAGCCACCCACUCGGGAGCCCACUAUGGAGGCUUGGAGGGAGCUGUGCCUGGAGGACCUGAGGCCCCUCCCAACCAACAAGAAAGCGCGCAAGGAGCGGCGGAGGGAGCACAAGGAACUGGAGGAGACCUUCCUCGCAGCGUGCGGCUGCAAGGAGCGGCACCGCCUCACGGCCUGGAGGGAGGAGACGCGCACGGCUGCGCGGGUGCUGUGCGCCCUCGUGCUGGACAACGCGCUGGCCACCGUCCGGAGAUCCAAGGCCGACGCUGUCACGUAG